GUGUUUUGAUGGAAGUACGGAUAUUCUAGGAAGUCGCAGUCGCUCAUUGCGGUGCCGUGCAUGGCGGGCGUGCUGUCCUGCGCGUGUCGUCCCCCGAUACCGCCGCUAUUCGCUCCGUUUCCGAAGGGUCUUCGGCGCCGUACUAGUGGUACGACAGAGCCGGAGGGGAGAGGCCCAAACGCUCUUACUGGUUCGUUCCACUGUCGAAGGUUCCCGUUCCAGCAGAUUCGAACAUUGGGAAUGCCGAGAGUGGUAACUUCACGGGCGACCAGAUCUUUCGGCGAAGAUGCGACAACAGGGUCAGGCGAUUUCGCCUCGGAAUCAGAGCCUCGCCGCGGUUUGAGCGUCGCAGCUGGCAGCACUAUGGCGGUUGUUGAGGACGAGAAUGUUUCGAUACAAGCUGACUCGACAUUAACCCACGUGGAAUCCGACCUUCUUGCACCCCCGUCAAGUAGUUUCCUAGAAACUGAUCAAAAUGGCAUCUCAGGGAACGAAGAUCUAAUCAGCCGCUUUGAUCCGUCGUCGAAUGACCUGCUGCCACGUGGCAGAUUCCGCGGUGUGGUUGUAGCUGGAACGUUCGAUCGCUUCCACGACGGGCAUCGCACGCUGCUGCGCACGGCUGUAGCGAUGGCGACGGCAGAAGACGGGGGUGAGGGAGACAACCGCAGCAAUAGCUGCAGCAAGGCCAGCAGCAGCGAUGGCCGCAGCAGCGACGGCCGCAGCAGCAGCUGCAUCGUCGUGGGGAUUGCCGAUGGUCCGCUGCUGGCCGGGAAGUACCUCAGCGAGAUGAUUCAGCCCUACGAGCAGCGCAAGGAAGCUGCUGAGAAGUUUCUGCAGGAGGAGCUGCAGCGGCAGGGCAAGGCUUCAGGCCUGGUUUGGGUGGAGUUUGCGCCGAUCCAGGCCGCCGUACCUGAGCGGGGAGGCUCGGAUCCGAGCCUGGACUGCAUUGUGGUCAGCGAGGAGACGGUGGGCGGCUCUGCGGCUAUCAACAAGGCGAGAGCGGCCAAUGGGAUUGCUCUGUUGCACGUAGUAGUGGCGUCAACAGUGCCUGCACCAACCGCUGUCCUUCCAAUUCCUUCCACCACUGCCACCACCACCAACACCAGCAGCACCAGCAGCAGCACCCUGGCUGCUGACGUCAGCAAGCUAAGCUCCUCCACGCUCAGGGAGCAAUGUCUCGGAACCUUCCUCCCUCCGCCAAGCAGCGAGCAGUCAAGCAAGCGGCAGCGGCGGCAGCACAAGGGGCGGCUGCAGACAGGGCCGUACCUGGUGGGGCUGACAGGAGGCAUCGCCUCUGGCAAGUCCACUGUUGCCCGCUUGCUCCUCUCACUCCCUACCACUUCCCCCUCCUCCUCCUCCUCAUACUCCUCUGCUCCCACGCUUGCUGCUGCUUCUCCCACAGCUGCUCCUACUGCUCCUGCUCCUGCUGCUGCUGCUGCUGCUUCUCCCACAGCUGCUCCUACUGCUCCUGCUGCUGCUGCUGCUGCAAUCCCUGCUGCUUCCACUGCUGCUUCUCCUAUUGAACAAGCUGCAAGGGGGGAAGCUGUGAGGGACCAGCGGCAUUGGAGGGUGCAGGUGCUGGACUGUGACAGAUUGGCGCACCGGGCUUACGAGCCCGGUACUCCCGCUUAUCGCGGGAUUGUGGAGAUCUUUGGACCAUCUGUGGUGCGGAUGGCAGAUGGUCAGAUUGACCGGGCAGCUCUGGGAGCGCAAGUUUUUUCCUGCCCGGAGAAGAUGGCUGCCCUGACCGGAGUGGUGUGGCCCAUGGUGCGACAGAUAGUGGAGGACGAGAGGGAAGCUGCAGGGGCGGGGGAAUGGGAGGUGGAAAUUAGAGGGGUGGGAGAACAGACGACAAUGACUGAAAGAGAGGGAAGCAAAAUGGAGGGGAGGGAGGAGGAGGUAAAAUGUGGUGGCAGUGCUGCUCCUGCUGCAGAUGCUGGUGAUGGUGCUGUUGCUGCUGCUGGUACUGGUGGUGCAUCUGCUGCUGCUUCUACUGCUGAACCCCCCGCAGCAGCAACACCUUCCUUUUCAGGCUUCCCAAGUGCCAUCCGCCCUAUAACACCCCCUGCGGAUGUGCUUAUAGUGGAGGCUGCUAUGAUGGUUGAAGCAGGCUCGGACCGAACCGUGGACGAGGUCUGGGUGGUGUUUGUCCCCGAGCCUGAGGCGAAGGCUCGGCUGAUGGCCAGGAAUGGGGUGACUGAGGAGGAGGCGGGGAAGAGGAUUGCUGCCCAGAUGACGUCAUCUGCCAGACUAGCACAUGCUGACGUGGCCAUUUACAACGGAGCUAGCAAGGACGCAACGCGGCGCCAGCUGGAACGAGCAUGGUGUGAGCUGGCGGAGAAGAGAGCAGGGCCACGUUUGGAGGAAUGGGAGGGGAACCAUGGAAGAGUUCUUAGCCUACAGUUUGAGGCUGCAUCAUUACAGCCUCAUUUCCUGGAAGCUGCACGCUCUGUGUGGACCCGGUGGGUGGCACUGAUGUGGCGUCUGGAUGUGGAUGCUGACGUGGCAGAGAGGUGGUUCCAGAGGCUGGUGUUGGUGGAAGGAGGAGAGAGGAGGGAAGAGGCAGUGGGAGAGAGGAGGGGAGAGGGGGAGGGGGGAAGUCAAGUGGGGGAGCAGCAGGUUGGAGUGGCAGGGGGGUGGGUGGCAGCUGUGAUUGGCUGCUUCCAACACCUCAGAAGCCGAAUCCACUGUGUGGAGCAUCCCACCUCUCUCAAGCUCGCACUCUUCUUCGCCCUCCAUGCUGCCUUCCUCUGCCCCGGCUAUGAGCCUCUCGACGAUCAAGUGCUUGCCAUUGCCCGCGAAUCGCUUGAGCAGUUUGCUGCCGAGGCCAGCUUUCCAAACGAGUGCCUGGAUCAAACGACCGUGCUUUUAAAGCCGAAGGACGUUCAUGACGCAGAUGAUUCCACAGACAAGAGUUUGUUUUGGGACUUAUUUAUGCAAAACAAAUUUCUUUAGAAGUGACUGAACCCUAUUGCUGUUAGGAAUGCAUGUAAUUGCAGACAGCAAGCAGUACACUACAGGUGAAGUAAGGUUCUGCACGGUA